CAAAGAAUCAAGCGACGAUCGUUCUCUUUUCCUCACUUUCCCAGCCCGUGCUCUAUUCCUACUGGAGGAGUUCCUGCUCCUGGAGAGUACGAAUUGUGCUUCGCCGACGGUGUAAAUGGACAGGACUUACAUUUUACCCGAAUAGCCUUGGCUUUGAAGGGGAUUGAAUAUGAAACGAGGCCGAUUCAUUUGAUCAAGGAUGGGGGAGAACAAGUGAGUGACAGUGACAGAAAAUCUGAGCCUCCCGCCAUUUGUUUCCUUAAAACUCACUUCCGGUCUAACACAGAAGAAUUUCACAAAGUGAAUCCAAUGCGUCAGGUUCCUGCCUUGCUACUGGAGGACGAAAUCCUCACUCAGUCUAUCAGUAUCAUGGAGUAUCUGGAGGAAACCAAUCCAGAAAAUCCUCUCUUGCCAAAGGAUGGAGACGAGUCUCGGUUCCAAACUGAUAAAGAAAGCACUCCUUGUGCCUCCGGAACAGUACCAUCCAGGCUCUCUAGACGCUUAACUAACGUAGACCUUAGAGCUCAAGAAAUGUUAUUUGCAAUUGAUUAUGAUUGUGGUUUUGUUUCAGCGUUAGAGAAACUACUCGCCCGAAGUGCUGGAAAGUAUUGCGUGGGAGAUAAUGUCACGAUGGCAGAUUGCUGUCUUGUACCACAGGUCUUCAAGGCACACAGG